AUGAAAUUCCAACGCUCUGCAGUGCAGCACACAAGUGCUUCCCUGACCAUCAAUGAGAACUAUGACUCUGAUGUGCAGGCUGACACCGAAACAUUCCUUAACAAAAUUGUCCCAGAGGGCCGAUCUGCUCCUUGGAAGCAUACUAUGGAAGGACCGGAUGACAUGCCAGCACAUAUUAAAUCAUCAAUGUUUGGCUGUGCUCUGACAAUUCCUAUAACUGAUGGACAUCUCAACCUGGGCACUUGGCAGGGCAUAUGGCUGUGCGAACAUCGUGAUCAUGCCAGCGCCCGUAAAAUCGUGGUCACCCUCAACGGGAUCUAA